AUUAGGUUCAUUUGGAGGCUGGAUUAACCUCCACCCGUACGAUAAUCCGCGUCAGCAUAUUUCUUUCUCACGUAGAGACAAUAGAAUUGCUUCUUAAUUCGUUUAGAGAAUUUGUGUUUGUUUUAUAAUUUUCUUCUUGAACUUAGACACCUUGCAGCUCCCUGUCCAGUCUGCCACGACACUGAUAGAUUCCUAAUCUGGACCGCCUUUGAUAAGCAUCCUAUGGUAUUUUGUUCAAGAUGGCGGUGGCGAGCAUGGAAAAGGACGCGAUAAACACCGAAGAUGAUCUUCACCUUAAUAAUUCAUUUGGAGAUGCUGGGCUUAUCUCCCCUGAUAAAGAAGACAUCUCUCGUAUUCUGACAGUUCCUUUCAGUGGACGGAUCAGAGGUGGGAUGAGGCCUGGGAAGAAGAUCAUUAUAAUGGGCAUCAUUGAUCCAGAGCCAGACAGCUUUGACAUCAGUUUGAACUGUGGCCACAGUGAGGAGAAAGAUGAUGAAGAGCUCACUGAUGUGGCCCUUAAACUCAGCGCACGAUUCACUGAAAGGCAGUUCUUGAGGAAUGCACGAGUCUCUGGGAAAUGGAGUGAGGAGGAGGCACCCAUAGCUUACUUCCCCUUCAUCCCGGACCAGCCUUUCAGGAUUGAGAUCCAUUGCGAGCACCAGCGUUUUAGGAUCUUUGUGGAUGGACACCAGCUGUUUGACUUUUAUCACAAAGUAAAGUCUUUGCUGGCCAUUAAUAUGAUCCGGAUAGUUGGGAGUCUUCAGAUCACCAAGCUGGGCUAAGCAAGCACACCUGAGCACGCUCCAGAAAGGACUUCUCACAGGUGACCGCGCGCACCUGUGCAUUUGCCACAGGCAGUGAAGGCCUCUGGGCCGCAGCUCACACAAAGACAUCAGCAACAUCUGCAUUUUCACUCCUUUUGCCCUCUAACCUCUCAUUGGAAUGAUUUCUGAGUAUUGUAUCAUAACAGGUUGGUGAAUGGUUGCAAUAUCAGAUGUGUGUUUUCCAGUAUCCUUGCUUCACAUUGUAGCUUAUUUGUUUAGCUUUGAUAAUUUUUCAGGGAUCACACACUUUGAUAUGCACUCUGUGGCAGUACCAUGCGCCACUGGGAUUUAGCUGCUCUCGAUAGACACUGCCAAUGUAGUCGUGCUUGUAGUCUAGCAGUGUAGUUUCAGAAUGAUCCAAAACUCAGGAAAUCAGAUAAAGUUGAUUUACUUCAUUUCAUUCUGAUGACAAAAUGCUUUAAAUUAUUAUUAGAUAGGCUAUCUUGACAUACUUUGGCUGCUAAUUGGAGCUCAGAUUCAGCAUUUGCCGUUCCGUCUGGGUUUGAUUUACUUUAUUUUAUCUCAGUAAUUUUUAUGUUAUUGGAAAGAUGUUAUUUGAUCUCCAAAUUGUGUAGUAGGGUGUAUGGCAUGCCUAAAUAGCUGUUCCCUCCUGUAUCUGGUCAUUGCAACUAUUCAUUUUUUGGGAGAUAUACAGUGAUCUGUCACACUAAAUUGUUGUAGAAUGUCACAUUUUAUUUAAUUUGAGGUUAAGAGGAAGUUUUUAUUUUUGGAAAUGAAGCACUGAAAUUUGAUCAUCCAGUCAUUCUCUUCCAAGCCAGUGCAGUAUUUAAGUACAACUGUAUAAUGUAAAAUCUUUGGCAACCAAACCAACAAAUUACUGCUUUUGGACACAGAUGUUUAUUUAGAUUGUUUUCUGUGAGGAAUGACUUUAGUGCAGUGAUUUUUUUUUUUUUUUUUUUUUUUUUUUUUCCCCCACUCAUCUGUUUACGCUUUAUUAUAAGCACCUAGUAAAAGUUGAAGGAGCAGAAAUAACAGGGCUAAAUUGUUUCUUGAAUGUACCGUCAUCCACUCACAGGCUUCGUAAUAGCUUAGCUGUGGAUGUAAAGCGAGUGUCUUCACAGAAAAAAAAAUUAUCCCGUCCUCCUUAUUCUUACUCCUUAUGUCACUCCUCUAAAUAUAAACACAGAAAAGGGUCAGCAUAUUUCCUGUGUUCAGCAAUGCUUUUUGCCCCUCUACCCUGCACACCCACAUUCCCACAAUCCUCUCAGUUGUCUUCUGCUGCACCUUCACUUGUAGGACAGAAUUAGUGUGAUAUCAGUGAUUAUUAUUGCUACUAAUUACAUUAAAUUACAAUACCUGAGAAAUGAUUCUUGAUUUGCGUUUAUUUGCAUGACAUGCAUAAACUACUGUUCAAAAGUUGGGGGUCAGUAAGAUUUUUAUGCUUUUGAAAGAAGUCUCUUAUAAUUACCAAGGCUGUUUAUUUGAUCAUAUUUGAUCAAAUGAUUUUAUAUUUAUGUAAUUUAUUCUUGUGAUGGCAAAGCUGAAUUUUCAGCAUCAUUACUCCAGUCUUCAGUGCCAUGUGAUCCUUCAGAAAUCAUUCUAAUAUGCUGAUUUGGUGCUCAAAAAACAUUUCUUAUUAUUAUCAAUGUUCAAAACAAUUGUGCUGCUUAAUAUUUUUGUGGAAACCGUGAUUCAUUUUUUUUCAUGAUUCUAUGAUGAAUAGUAAGUAUUUUAUUUGAAAUAUAAAUCUUUUUUAACAAAUGAAAGUCUUAACUGUCACUUUUGAUCAAUUUAAUGCAUCCUUGUUAAAUUAAAGUGUUAAUUUCUUAAACAAAAAAAUCUUACUGACCCCAAACUUUUGAACGGUAGUGUAUGUAGUACUACAGUCAUGUCAACUGUUGUUGAUAAAUGUGCUCUGUACUGUAGUGAAGAAGCUGGCAAUGCUUCUCAUCAGUCAGUAUUUAUUCAGGUCAGUAUUGUAAUAUUUUAUAUUAUAAUUACUCUUUGUGUCCUGGAACACAUGGAAACCAAGGCAGUGAUGAAUGAAGUUGAAGGGCUGCUGUUUUUGUCUACUUUACUGGCCGAUCUGCUUGCCUGAAUUUCAUGUGAUGGAAUAAUGCUGUUAUUUGCCAGAGAGUACUUAACACCAGCCAGAAACCAUCUGCUCACAUCAGUGUUUGGGUUAGAAUUUUUAUCGACUGCAAUGGGGAACUGUUGUAUUAAAGAUCCUUAAUGUGUUGAGAAGGUACUCCUGAUAGAAAACUCCAGCUGAAUAAACUAUUGUACAUUUAAUGUGAAGUAGGCCAUUUUUACACUCUGAAUAUAUUGGCCGAUUUUCUCUGCAACCGGUCAUGUCACAAACUUAUGCAGUGUUUAUUUAAUGAGAAUUGGUAUUGCAACACAAGCAAUGUGGUCCUUGACCACACACCCAUCUGACAUGUUAUGGCAAACACACUUUGAUAGGACACAUUUAGCAACUGAAACCUGGUCAUCAGGACCAAUACAAUACACUUAACAGUAUUGCUGUUUAACUGCUAAAUCUGUGAGUUGCUUCAUUUUGUCUGGUGCUGUUUUAAUGUUGACCAUCAUUUGGUCUCUGAACAGUGAGUGUGUGUGAAAUUACACCUGGAUAAUUGAAAAAUGGGGAGGGAGAAUCUUUAUUUACAAAAAUAACAGGUGAGAAAGGGCAUAUAAGGAGAGAAUGUCAAAAGUGUUGACUGUGCUGUAAGAAACCUUAGUAUAGUAAUGGAUUUCAUUAAUGUAUUUGGCAGAAACUUGUUAUCCAAAGUGACUUAAAGUGCAUUCAGGGCGUAUUAAAGUGUAUUCAUCAGACUCCCUAUGAUCCUUCUAAUAUUCCCUAAUACAGAUACCAGUUCUAAUGCUUCCGUUUUCAUUGCUGUUUCUUGUCUUGUAUCUCAAAAUAAAUUAACAAUCUUUCCAACUGUUCAUAUUUAUGAGGGUUUAAAAUGAAUGUCUUGGUUGUAAACUAUUGUUAUGAAGCCUUCGAAUUUUGGAUGUACAUAUACUAAACAGGGCCUCUAUAUGCUUCAUUGUUUUAUAUAUAUACUUUUUUGCUACUGCAAUAAUGUCUAGACACUAAAGAGAGUGUUUGAUGGUGUAUGUGAUAUUUAGUUUGAGUGUUCACUGGUUACCAAUUCAUCAACACUUCAGUUGGUUUCUUUAUACUCUAGGUAGCAUGGUACAUGUUUUUUUUUUUCUUCUUUGGGAUAUUCAGAGCUUUUCUUUUAGAGCCCAAUAUGUCAUUUCUUUUAUUUGAAGACUAUUUCAGAGGUGUAUGUGUAUUUCUAAAGUGGCCCAUUAUUUAGAGCUAGUUUGUGAUGUUAGAUGUAGUUGUACAUCAUUUCCAUGAGUUAAAUCAAGACCUGAAGAGUAGGUUUAGUGUACUUUCAAAACUUGGUAUUUAUCAGAAAUGUGCCUAUUGAAAUACAGCAUUGGUGUUUGGGAUCUAAAAUUGAAUUCUUACUAAUGACUUACACCAACAGACUCAAUUGUAAUGUAAUGCAAUGCACUUUUUUUCAUGUGUGGUUAAAGCAAGUGUUGUAAUUGAAAUAAAUCAAAUAAAACAAACAAUAAAACUUAAAAUUUCCAAGGUA